AUGGGAGUUGCCGGUGUAUUGGGCGCUGCUUUGCUAUGCGUCAUUUAUGGUGCUACCGUAGAAAAUACUUUAUUUGAAGACGGUGAUGGUGCAAAUACAUUCCUAACCGGUUUAUGGAUGAGUGCUCUUGGAGUAGUCGUUCUAGCCCUUAACCUACGUGCCUAUGACUUCGUUUCUCAGGAAAUUCGCGCAGCGAAAGAUCCUGAAUUUGAGACUUUCUUCACCAAAAAUAUUCUCUUAAACGAAGGUAUUCGCGCUUGGAUGGCGGCUCAAGAUUAG